GGCGACGUGCGCGUCCGCCAGAAAUGACGGCGGGCUAUCUACAAACCAUCCAAGAUACCCGGAAAUACACAUACCCAACGCAACUCACCCGCCAUGGCUCCCAGAAAGCCGGCACGCACGCCCUUGGCGGCAACGCCGACUACAUUCGACAUAGGACCCCAUGAUGUUCUACCGAACGAAUUCCUAGAGUUUUUCGAAUCCUUGUCCUCUCGAAUUUCUUCCGAGGACACGAAAGAUAGUUCCAGUAACCUUGAGCCACCUCCAUCGAAGCGUCGCAAAGUAGAUCGUGAACCAAACGACGGCGUCUGUAUCGCAAAAGCCAAAAUAUCGUUCUCGCGCCGAUGUGAAGAUACCCGUAGCCUAGACUCCAGCAGUGACCAUCACGGUAUCGAGCCCUGGCUCAUUUUCAUUCUCAAGAAUGGUGGUUUAUCGAUUACUACUCGAUCGGCCGGUCGUCUCGGAUACUUUAAAGCCCAUAUAAUGCUACAACGAGAAGAAAUAGAUGAAAAUGUGGAGAAUAUACUCGAUAUUAGAAACUCCAAUUUGAAGAAAGCCACCGCUGGUGCCAUUUGGACGGCCGCUAACAUUUCGAUCAAGCAACAUCAGGGAUUGGCUUCUUUGACAAUCUAUUUUCAUCUUAUGUGGAAUGAAACCCCAAAUCCGUAUGCGUACUUGAGGCGAAACAACGAGCGACAAUACAGCGAGAAGCUGGUUCGCACUUUCUUCCCACCUCAAGAGAGCGCUCUUAGCGAUAUCUCGUGGUCACCAAUGGAUUUCUACAAUGCAGCGCACGUCCCGUCAAAAGAUGAUACUGAUUCACUCUCCAUUGAUGUUCCCGGCCUAAAUGCCACUCUUUAUCCUUACCAAAGGCGAACGCUACAAUGGCUAUUGCGUCGGGAAGGUGUGAAAUGGACUGCCCAACACGAAACUGUCCAGCCUUUGUUAGAAGAAGAGCGAAAGCAAGAUCUAGAGCUUUUUCGAGCUGUGCAUGACGCCAACGGCGGCAAGGUAUACCUGAGUGAUGUGUUUCAAACUAUUACCCGAGAUCCUACACCGUACCAUGAAGCCGGCAAACUUGUCAAAGGUGGCAUUUUAGCGGAGGAAAUGGGGUUAGGAAAGACUCUGGAAAUGAUUAGUCUUAUUCUUCUGCAUCGGCGCCAGGCAGAAUCCUCCCCGGAGCCUCUACCAGGCCAAGAGCACCUUGUUCCUAGCGGCGCAACUUUUAUUGUAACUCCAAAAUCAUUGCAGCUGCAGUGGAUAUCCGAAUUAUCCCGCCAUUCCCCUGGACUACGCGUGAAACAUUACACAGGAUGUCGAGGCGUCGAUAAGGAUGGUGAAGCUCAGCUUGUAGCCGAACUGGCUGGAUACGAUGUGGUGGUGACAACAUACAGCGUACUAUCCGCCGAGCUUCACUUUGCAAUCAGUCCCCCUGAACGGUCGCGGAGGCACGAGCGAGCAUAUAGCCGGAUCCUUUCUCCGCUCGUCCAAAUCAUGUGGUGGAGAGUGUGUCUUGACGAAGCGCAGAUGAUUGAAAGUGGUGUCAGCCAGGCGGCUGCGCUGGCCAGAGUAAUCCCCCGAGUCAAUGCCUGGGGCGUCUCUAGAACUCCAGUCAAAGACGAUGUCAAAGACCUGCUUGGAUUACUCUCUUUCUUGAGAUAUGAACCCUACUACUCCACACCACAGAUCUGGCAGGCACUUACUACCCACUAUAAACCAUUAUUUCAACAGCUCUUCAAGUCAAUAUCCAUUCGACAUACGAAAGCGGCUGUAAGGGAUGAGAUAGCUCUGCCUCCACAGAGAAGAUUUGUCAUCAGCAUGCCUUUUACCGCAGUAGAGGAGCAGCAUUACCAGUCAUUAUACAAAGAAAUGGCAGAAGCUUGCAAACUUAACACAGAUGGUGAUCCUCUUGUUGAGAAGUGGAACCAAGAAGAAUACGAAGAUGUUAUGAGACUAUGGCUUAAUAGACUUCGACAAACUGCUCUUCAUCCCGAGGUUGGUGUCUAUGGACGCCGGAUAUUGGGAGGCAAAGAGCGUCCCAUGAGAACAGUGGAAGAAGUAUUAACUGCUAUGUUGGAGCAAGGAGAGAUUGCCAUCAGACUUGAUGAGCGAGCGUAUCUUUCGAGCAAGUUGGUACUGGGUCAGCUAUUUGAAAACAGCCCCCGAGUAAGGGAAGCUCGGGCGAUCUGGGAAGAAGUGCAAACCGAGUCUGCCAAAUUGGUGACUGAUGCCCAAGUCGCACUUCGAGAUGCGCUUCGGGAGAAAGGAGGCGCCAAAGAUUUGGGCGCAACUUUGGAGAGGAUGCAUGAUUUAACCGAUUCGGAGAUUGAAUUGGAGGAUGACGCAGAGGAAGACUUUGGAAACAAAGGAAAACUUGGUGAGCUGCAGAACAGGCUGAGAACCAGCCUAGAGCUGCAUCACAAGGCCAUUUUCUUCUGUGCCAAUGCAUAUUUUCAAAUUAGAGACAAUCCGGAGCUGACGCCACCGGACUCGGAGGAAUUCCAACAUCUCAAAAAGCUUGAAGACGAUGGUUAUGAGAGUGCCAAGUUGGUUCGAAGGAAGAUACUUGGGCAAGGUCAGCGCAAAGCCAUGCGGCUCAUGAACAAAAUCGCGUCAACGGCCAAAGAGCAGUCUUUUGUUGAGAUACCGGAGCUUGUUGUGACUAGCGAGCGCGGAAUAGAGAGUGGGGGUAUUGUUGACAACCUCGAGGUUCUCUAUGAGGAUCUCAACGAACAGGCAAAUUUGAUUGACGAAUGGAGAGAGCAAAUUAUCCAGCUCCUUUUACGGCCGCUUGUUGAUGAAGAAGACACUACAGAGACCACUGGAGAAGAGCUUAUAGAUGCUACGAAAAUUCAAGACGAUCUGAUGGUUUAUGUCCAAGUUCUUCGGGCUGUUGUCGCUGAUCGCCAAUUUGUCGUUUCGGGUCAAGCAAACGGACUGUUGAGGCAUGAGAUAGAUACAGCGGUCAAGAUGGCGAAAGAAGGCGAAGGGCCUGCUCCAGAGAAGCUUCUCGAUCUAGCACAAAGAAGGACUGAGGCGAAGCCUAGAAGGGCCAAUAUGUCUAUGCGCGCUGCCAUCAGCGACCUCCGUAGCUUGCUAUCUCGACUCACUCGAGAUCCGGAUCCUAGCAAGAGAGAACUUUUAGAGUCUACGAUUGCGUCUAACCUGAUGAAGACAACUCAGAAAUUGCUUGGCGAGCAAAACAAGGCAGUGGUAGCUUUGGAAGCAGAGGUGGAAAUCUUCAAAAGGACUAUGAAUGCUCGAUUGGAUUACUAUCGACAGUUACAGGCCGUCUCGGAUGACGUAGUGCCCCUCGAAACACCCAAGACCGAAGAGGCUAUUGAAAAGGCAAGAAAAACCAUUGAUGACCUUCAUAGAAAGCUGUUGGCCAAUGAAGCCAAGCACCGAUACUUGUUGAGCUUGAAGGAGACCGGAUCCAAGUCCAACGAACCUCGAAUGUGCGUCAUUUGCCAAAUGCCAUUCGCGACCGGCGUAUUGACGGUGUGCGGCCAUCAAUUCUGCAAGGAGUGCAUUAUGAUGUGGUUUAAGGCCCACCGCAACUGCCCUGUUUGUAAGAGGGCGCUCAAGGCGGACAAUCUACACGACAUCAUUAUCAAGCCUCAACAACUCCAGGUCCGUGGAGAGGAGUCGGGUGUGCCGAAAGCGAGCGCCAACGAUGAUAGCCUACAGCGCCGCCGAGACUCUUCAAAGCAAACUGUGCUCUAUUCAGAGUUUGACAAUAGAGAACUUGAGCGGAUGAAGAAUAUUGAGCUGGAUGGCCCUUCAUUUACAACCAAGGUUGAUACCCUGGUUCGGCAUCUUAUGUGGCUACGCGAGUCUGAUCCAGGCGCAAAAUCCAUUGUAUUUUCACAAUACAAAGACUUUUUGAACAUUCUACGCAACGCCUUUAAUCGCUUCCGCAUUGGAUACGCAUCAAUCGAUGACCCUGACGGAAUUAAGAGGUUUAAAGAAGACCCAGCCGUAGAAUGCUUUCUUCUCCACGCAAGAGCUCACUCCAGCGGUCUGAAUCUCGUCAACGCAAGCCACGUCUUUCUAUGCGAGCCCCUUCUCAACACUGCUCUCGAACUACAGGCAAUUGCCCGAGUGGAUCGAAUUGGCCAGCAGCAUGAGACAACGGUAUGGCUCUACAUUGUAUCCGGAACGGUAGAGGAGUCGAUUUAUAACCUCUCGGUACGACGGCGCAUGGAGCACAUGGGCAGGAAUCUCAAGGGCAAGUCCAAAUCUAAAGAAUCCACUCCAGAACUGCUAGACGCGAAUAUUGAGGAGGCCAAUACGCUGGAGCUGGAGCAGGCUGCGUUGUCGAAGCUUAUGAGCAAGGAUAGAUCUGCUGGAGAGAUGGUGGACCGAAGCGAUCUGUGGGAGUGUCUGUUUGGACAUGCGAGUGGUAAAGAUGGAAAAGGAAAAUGAGGCCGAUCUCAGCAGAGCCACCAUGAGCUCACGCACACGAAUAAUGAAUGGUUAUGAUAAGACACGCGAAUAUACAUUAAAAAUUGAUGCAUGUAGGU